UACAAAUCUAUUACAUUUAUUGAGCUCUCAACGUUAUGACGACGACGGCUGAGGCGCCCAAACCCUCCGAGGAAUGGAACACCUUCCUGAGCCAAGUGAAGGCUAUUGAGAAGAAGGACAGUAAUAUGACAUCAGAUCAGCAGAUAGAGCGGCUUCACAAACCUGGAGCCAAAUACCUCAACCUUAACCCUUUCUAUGUAUUACAAGUAGACCCAGACGCAACAGAAGACGAGUUGAAGAAGCAGUACCGGAGAUUAUCAAUACUCCUGCAUCCAGAUAAGAACCCUAAUAACAGAGAUCAAGCCACUGGCGCUUUCGAGGUCGUCAGUAGAGCAAACAAGCUUCUUCAGGAAAAAGAAACAUCAGACAAAUUCAAACUAAUCUUAACUGAUGCAGAAAACAGAGUCCUCAAAAUGAUGGAGGACAAGAGAAAGGAAGCUAAGUGUAAGAGCCUACCUCCACCUGUUGAAGACCCUUCUAAGUUUGGUCAUCUGGUAAACGUAAUGGCAAGUAAGCAACUAGCGGACUACGAGAUACGUCGCGGCGACAAGGACAAGAAGGAACAACAAGAAAAAAAACGGGAGAGCGAUGCUGCCGAGGAGUCAGCCAAGAGGUUGAAGAAACUUGAAGACGAUAAAAAGAAAUGGGAGGAAUCAAGAGAAGAAAGAGUGACAACGUGGAAAGAUUUCCAGAAUAAGGGAGAGAAGAAGAAGAAGAAGAGGCAUAUGUUAGGCACCUUCAAACCACCCAAACCAAGAUUAGAGGAACGCUAAAAAUGUAACAUAUUUAUUUUUAAUAUCAUAACUAUCAUUCAGUGGACAGUGGAAUUUUAAUGCUGUAUUUAAGAUCGAUUCGUUAUUGAAUGUCGCUGGUUGGCAGCUGUGUCUUUGUGGUAAAAGUCACAAUUUUACAGACAGCUUUGGGAGUCUGAAUUAUAAAAUAACCGUGUGAAAGUAGUGAAUAAUUUGUUGAUAUUUAAAAUUUAAGUAAUAUUUAAAGUUUAGUCCCGGUACUGGUGAAUAAACAGCGUAAAAAUUUCAAGGAGGCCUCCCUUUUUAAUUUUUGAUUGUUAACCUUGUCCAAGAACGAUAAUAAUGUGCAAAUCAUUGGUGAUUGACUCACCAACAAUUAAAGUAAUUUUAUUGAUGCUUAUAAAGUUAUAAACAACAAAUCGCUCACAUAAAAUGUAAGUUUACGUGAAAUAUGAACAAUCCCUUAACUUUAACAAGCUGAACCAUGUUUGUGGGCAAUGUUAUCAUUUUUAUCCAACCUGUCUGAUUUAACUUUUUAAAGUUCUUAAUAAAUAA